CUCUCUCUCUCUCUCUCUCUCUCUCUCUCAAAAACCCACCCCCCGAAUUUUGUAGGUGUAUGGUCGGCCAAGGCGGCCAAGCCGCACAGAUGCCAAACAUCAGCCGCCUUGUGGAGGCCGUUUGUAUAGAGCUGUCCAGGAUUCACCCCGAAGGAACCACCAUCUGCGGCGUGAGGGUGAACCGCUGGGCAGCUGUGAUGCGGGAUUAUAUCUGCAUCCAAGAGAACAUCCUUACAAACCCGGUACUCAUGGCCCAGACACGUAUCCAGUUAUUCCCCCUCAAUCAGCGCACCCUGGCACAAUGGCACCUCACUCGCACCAGGGAGCUGGUACGGCGGGCUCUGGAGAUGGCCGUGCCAUUGCCAUCCAGCUCGGCCCUUGCUUCGGAGCCCACCCCUGCCGUACGGCCACGUCCCACGGGCCCCGAGCAGUCCGCUGCACCAUGUCAUGAAUACUCGGACCUGCCUGACCUGUCCGGUCAGGCGACGCAGCGAACUCGGGGCCCCGUGGAUGUGGCACCGCCAAUUGUUGGCCACCCCCCCGUGCCACAAGAAGCACCCGCCACCCAGCCACUCCUCCCGCCGGCUGACACUGCCGCUUCUCCGCCUCCACCGGCACAACCUUCAGUACCCCGCACCACUGCCUGGCGGCGGAAGAAAAAACAGGAGGCGGAGGAGCUGGCGCAACAGCAAGGUAUCCCUCCCAAACAAAGAAAAAAAGUGGAGGCCUUUGUUUGCCAGCGCUGUGGCCGUCCUAAAACAAAAGAGUUCGGCCACAGCCGCUUUGGGAGGGAAACCUUUUGUUCCACCUCAGCCGGCAGAAGUGUCCAGGAGUGGCUGGAGGAAAAGAGGAGAGCGAAGCAAAAUCGUGCCGGGGGGGAUGGCCACUAAACAAUUUUUGUUAAUCAGUAGAUGGGCCCAUACAUUGCUUUUCUUUUUUUUU